AUGGAGCAAGAAGAUCCCUCAAUGUCCUGGUCGGACAUGCCUGCACCCGCCGAAGAUGAGUUCAGUAAUUUCCUUGAGUUUGGAAUGCAGUUCCCGGAUCUGGAGGGGCAGCACGGACCGACUGAUCACCUCCCUUCUCGCUCCGUCGCUCACCAAGUUGCGAUGGCCACCUCAACCGCACCACCCCAGCAACAGCAGAUGAUGUGCAUGGAUCCAAAUGGUGUUGCCGAUCAAUCGCAAUCUUACCCCCGCAUGAUGGGCGAUUUCCCUGUCGAACUGCCUGGCCAUGGGCAACAAGGAGUACCGCAUAGCUCGUCCUACUCGAAUGGCCCAAUGACACCGGCGUAUUAUGCCCAAAAACCCCAAAUGUUCCACGCCUCUCAACAACAACAGCAACAGCAACAGUCGCAGUCAACCUCUCAGACUUAUGUUCCGCAGGGCCAGAUGAUGAUUCCGCCGACUCCCAACAGUAUUGAGCUUCAGGGCAAUGCAGCACCCUACUCCCAGCGCGUGGGUGAUAACUCGGAGAUGUACGAUCGAUAUUCUCGCAUGAUGGAGGAACAGGCCCUCUACACCCCUCUUGUUUCUCCCGCUAUGACGCCUCUAGAAUCUCAAUUCAGACAGCCCGAGUAUACCAUCCCUGGAGAAUACUUCAGUCCUCUUAGUUCACCUGCGAUCGAGGCCCAAAAUACCAAUUCGAACGGUUUCCCCAUUCAUUCUGGUCCGCUCACUGAAGUGAACUUUGUCCAUUCGCCCGUCGAUAAUGGCUUUCAUUUAUCAUCUGCUCCAUCUUCGCCUGGUGUGGCGCGCAAGCAAAGGCGGCGGCCGUCGGCCGCCAGUAAAACUUUCAUCUCUCGGGCUAAGAAACAGCAAUCUCCUUCGGUGCGACCCAUGCGGACGAAAUCUCGCUUGACGGAUGAGGUCAUGAAUUCCCUUACAGAAGGCCAAGUGAACCCUACAUCGCAAACCCAAAACGGCAAUGGACCCCCCUAUGGCAGCGCUGAGAGCUCUGGCCAGGAUUCAGUGUCUCCUGAGCCACUCUCUGAGCCAUUAAUGCCACCACCGGCGCUACCACCGGCCCGGAAGUCACCCGCAAUUACUCCGCAUACCCGUCAACAGCAGAACAGCAGCGAGCCAGCGACGCCGGCGAUGCUGAUGCGCAUUCAACGGUCGCCACAUGUUCGCACCGUGUCGGACCAUAACCUAACUCCCACCCAACCACCCGUGACUGAACACCAUGACGAUGUCAUGGAGGAUGUUGUUCUCCCUGAGGCAGCAACUCCGUCUGCGCAGCUCUUCCGGCCCCAAAUGUCUCGCAUAGACACGACCAGUACAACGUCUCCAAGCAUAUCAGCUAAUGGUACGACGCAAUCGGAGUCUCAUCAAGCCGGGGUUUCAGAAAAAAAUCCAGCCUCUGUCGCGCCUAGCCCCCGUUCGAUUGCCAUGCCCUCUCCUAGUGGCCCAGUUGCGAGGAAAUCAGAAACCCCGAAGCUCGGGCCCGUGAACAGAAAGCGGCAAAGUCUUAGUUCAGCGCACCCCAGUCCUAGCCUGCGGCCUAAAAUUAGCCCCAACAUACAGCCAUUGGUGUCCGGUGAUACACCAUCGACGCUUCUUGCCGGUUUGAAGUCGAACUAUCAGCAAAUAAUAGACGGCACCCUUCUUCCUGGUGUCUCUUACCCCGAAACUUUGGCUGAGAACCUAAGCUCAAAGCGAACGAAUCACAAGCUUGCAGAGCAGGGACGACGGAAUCGCAUAAACAACGCUCUCAAAGAGAUUGAAACUCUCAUUCCGGCUGCUUAUGUGCAAAUAAAACAAAGUAAGGAAGCAGCAGCUCUCAACGGGAAGCCUGACAAGGAGAAAGAAAAGGCCGGAAACCAAUCGAUCAGCAAAGCUAGCACAGUGGAGAUGGCCAUUGACUAUAUAAAAUCACUCAAAGCGGAACUCGACGCAACGAAGACGAAACUCGCAGCUGCUGAGGCCAAAUUGGGAACGGGUCAAAGCACCGAGGAUGCCAAGGACAGGACAAACGGUGUACCAAAUGGGUCAACAACGUCCCCCAACGAUCCCAAGACGGCCAAACACAACUUCGAGCAGGACAACGCUCAGGCUUCAGCUAUAGAGCCGUCAUCAUAA